AUGGACGGCAGCGUAGCAGCCAGCUCAGCUCUCGCGCGGGAGGCCAGCAAGGUGGAGAAAGCGGUAGCGGGGGCCGCAAGAGCCCACGAGAGACAGCUCAAAGAGAGGGAUGAGAGCAUUGCUCGGCUUCGUCAAGAGGUCAUUCAGCUGAAGAACCAGCUGCAAAAAGCCACCGCACCUAAAGCUCUAUCCACGAACUCCAUUGAGAAGCGCCUGCGGGCACUCGAGGAUAACAAGGUGUCCACUCUGGCCCUCGACACCACAAAGAAGAAUUGGCAAGACGACUACGACUUCCUCUGCAGUCAGCAGCAUGAGCUCUGCUCUUCAAAUCAAGUGCUGUGCUCCGCAGCCAUCGACCUUGUCAAGAGAGUAGGGGAGCUGGAACAGAGAUUCGAAAAGAAAGACAACACGAACGCCACUGUCAGUGACUCCGGAGACUCCAGUCAGCCGGACAGCAGCUACCACUCCUCCCACCAUCAGCCUACUUUUACGGGCCGGAAGGACACAUCUUCGAUGCUUGCCCCCACCACGAAGUCACUGAAGGCCCUACUCAGCACACCCAUCCUUCCCGUCACCACCACCACAACGGCCCCAGCGAGUGGCGCCCAGGCCGGCCGAUCAGCCCGAGAGAGACACGACGAAGAGACUGUGAGGCUUCUCAAGCGACAAAUCGUACCCAAUUCGGGCGAGAAGGAGUUGACGGCCCAGCAGGACAACCAGGCGGCGACAAAGAAGCGCCAUGUGGAAGGCGGACAGCUGAGCUAG